CUGGGUCAAGUUCGCGCCCCUCCUACCGUAUCCGUCCGUGCGCCAUGCAGCUCGUGAAGCAGGUCAAGUCCUUCGGGGGCGUCAUCAAGCAGUACUCGCACGAGAGCACCACCACCAAGUGCACCAUGAAGUUCAGCAUCUUCCUGCCGCCCACCGCCAGCGACAGCCACAAGGUGCCCGUGCUCUUCUACCUGGCGGGGCUCACGUGCAACGACGAGCUGCUGUUCGUCAAGGCGCCCGAGGCGCAGAAGGUGGCGGCCAGCCGCGGCAUCGCCAUCGUCACCACGGACACGAGCCCGCGCGGCGUGAGCAUCCCCGGGGACGAGGACAACUGGGACUUCGGCACGGGCGCCGGCUUCUACGUGGACGCCACGGAGCCCAAGUGGGACGAGCACUACCGCAUGUACUCGUACGUGACCAAGGAGCUGCCGGCGCUCAUCACCGCCAACUUCCCCGUGCUCGAGGACAAGCACUCCAUCAUGGGCCACUCCAUGGGCGGCCACGGCGCCCUCGUGCUCGGAAUCCGCAACCCGUCCCAGUACAAGUCCAUCUCGGCGUUUGCGCCCAUUUCGCACCCGAGCCAAUGCCCGUGGGGUAUCAAGGCUUUCACGGGAUACCUGGGUGUCGACCAGGAGACCUGGAAGGAGUACGACGCGACGCAGCUUAUCCUGACCCAGGGACCCAUUACCCAGCCGAUUCUGAUCGACCAGGGUGGCGAGGACAACUUCUUGCACGACAAGCAGCUGCUGCCCGAGGCGUUCGAGGCCGCCUGCAACUCGGUGGGCCAGAAGGUGACGCUGCGCAUGCAGGAUGGAUACGACCACAGCUACUACUUCAUCGCUUCGUUCGUGGAGGACCACAUCAACCACCACGCGGACGUUCUCCUUCAGUAA